UAUUCAUGUUUUACGGGUCAGCAUUUCAGUAUGACGAUCUUCCGCUGCCUAGAGAACCUCACCAUGAAUGGGCUCUGCUUCACGAUGAAUCUCCGAAAAACAAUUAUCUUUUUUCAUUUGAGGAAGUAAUGUCUUUGUUCAAUCACACCAGCACAUUUCGGCGGGAAUCAGACUAUCCUCUGGUUACCCAGUUCCUGGAGAGUAGCGAAUGGCUCACCAGUACAAAGCACCUGCUGUCUGUAAAGGAGAAAAGACAACAAGCCGAAGAUUUAAAGUUAGCUCCCGUGAUUUUUACAAACAGUGCAUGUGCUACAGCCUCAGACAGAGACGGAUACAUUAGAAGACUGAUGGAAUACAUACCAGUCGACUCGUAUGGAUUAUGUCUACAUAACAGGGAUUUGCCAAAACAUCUUAGAGAUUCGAUAGAAGGGAUGUUCCAUGAAGAUUUUUACAAGUUGAUCUCGAAGUACAAGUUUGCUGUGGCCAUUGAGAACGCUCUCUGUGUUGCCUACGUGACGGAGAAGCUGUGGAGGCCACUACAUGUCGGAACUAUUCCCAUUGUGAUGGGGUCGCCAAAAGUAAAAGACUUGCUCCCAUCCAAUAGGUCGGCCAUUAUUGUGGAUGACUAUGAAUCUGUAGAAGAUCUCGCUAAAUACCUCAAAUACCUAGACAAGAACGACGAAGAAUAUGAACAAUACUUCGAAUGGAAGAAAUCGGGGAUAAGUAAUGGGUAUUUAUUAUCACUUCUGAGAGACAGGGAGUGGGUUUAUGAUUACUCCGAUAACAUCGAGGGUAUAAAUUUUUUCGAGGGCUUUGAAUGCUUAAUCUGUAGACGAGUUCAUGAAAACCUCAAAAGAGAGAAAACUGGACAGGAAAAAUUAGAAUUUCGAGCAAAACUUGAACAUUAUGGAUGUCCUGCUCCAGUGAAUGUGGACGACAGAGGUCAAAGAACGUUACCAAGUUAUCUACUCACCGAAACCUUUACAAGUAUGAAGUAUAUAGCAAAAGCUCUUAGAUACCAUUUAGAAAGAAACUUAAUUGUUAAGGGUGAUAGCAUCCUUAGGACAGCUGAACAUAUCAGACAUCGGGAAAAUCAAACAAGUAUUACCUGAUUCAUAUACGAUCAGCA